UUUGACUGUGUUGUGGUAACGAGGUGCAGCUGCGGUAGUCCAAGAGAGGUAGACAUUGAAAAAGAAGCGAAGACUGGGCCGACCGGCGGACGCAGAGAGCAUCAAUGGCCUCGUUGAGUGCGGACUGAAGGAUGGGCUCCAUGGUAACGCAGCCAUGGCCAGAUCCACCAACAGAAGUGCCGAGGACGGGGACUCACGGGUGACCGCUCCCACGGAGCGCGGAGAGGCGCGGGACCUGGUCGAGCCCCGGGAACUGUCUCUGGAGGAGGUGCUGAAGUCGUACGAGCAGCCCAUCAACGAGGAGCAGGCAUGGGCGGUGUGCUACCAGUGCUGCAGCGGGCUGAGGGUGCCCCGCCCGCCGGCCAGGAGAGUCAGCCGUGUGAGGGAGCCGUCCUCCAUCCUCCUCCAAAGAGACGGAACCGUGACAUUACAGCAGGAGCCCCGACACCACGAUGACACUGAUGGAUCUCCUUCAACUACUGCAGAGAGUCAGGUCGUGCAGUCGCUGGGCGUGGCCAUCUACCAAGCUCUGGACUGGGGGCUGGACGACAGCGAAGAGCGGGAGCUCAGCCCACAGCUGGAGCGCCUCAUCGAACGCAUGGCUGGCGGGGACCAGGCUGAAAAAGGUGACAUCAGGAACAGUACAACAGAUGAGGGCUACAGCGGCCAAGAAGAGGAGGAAGAGGAGGAGGAGGAUGAGCAAGAGGGAGCCAGAAGGCCAGUGUUUACGUUCCGCAAAGUGAUGACGCUUUGUGCGUCUCGGCUGGCAAACCCCAGCUUGGCCCCGGAGCACUACCAGGCCGUGUGCAGGGCUCUGUUUUUGGAGACGCUUGAGCUACAGACCUUCCUUUUUAAGAUCAGAGAUGCUAAGGAGAUGCUGAAGAAAAUCUCAACAAAGGAAGUUUUGGUGGACGGAUCGACAGCCGAGCUGGACGCACUGAAACACCAUGACUGGGCUCGGCUGUGGGUGCAGCUGAUGAAGGAGCUCCGGCAGGGAGUGAAGCUGAAGAAGGUGCAGGAGCAGCCAUUCAACUCACUGCCCACAGAGUUCAGCCUCACUCCCUUUGAGAUGCUGAUGCAGGACAUACGAACUCGCAAGUUCCAGCUGCGCAAAGUUAUGGUAGACGGGGACAUUCCCACCAGAGUGAAGAGAAAUGCUCAUGAAAUUAUUCUGGAUUUCAUUAGAUCACGACCCCCACUUAAACCAGUUUCAGAGCGCAACCUCCCUCCUCCUCCCCCACAGAAGAAGUCCCUCCAUGACCUGGUCCUGGCUGGAAUAAAGCAGGAAAGAAAACUCCGGCCUGUGGACCCCUCUGGCUCCAGACCGUUUGGCUCGCUGCCCUGCCUGGCUCAAACUUGUCCUUGUGAUGUCAAAUCCACCUCAUGCAUCGACCUGUCUGUGUCUGAACUUGGAUCACGCCUGCCGUCCCGCCCUCGUGUACUGCUCAAGGCUCCCACUCUGGCCGAGAUGGAAGAGAUGAACAUAUCUGAGGAGGAGGAGUCUCCAGACAGCGACUUCAGGAGGGCUGAGAGCUCGCCCACACCUCUAAAAAGAGAUCGCUCCUUCUCAGAGCACGACCUGGCCCUGCUCCGUGGUGAGAUGCUUCCCUCGCUCUCUGAGUCGUCCCAGCUGGGUGGUGGGGUCAUGCUGAGGGGCGAAAGGCCUCGGUCCAGGACUCUGACUGGAGCUGGGCCGCCUCCUUAUCAGAGAGCUUCCUUCCCAGUUCACGGCUGGGUGCCGCCCUCUCCGGCCCGACUGUCUCUGAGUUCAGUCGAUGAGACCACUGAGCCGUCAGAAACAAGGUCAGGCUCCAGAGCUGAAGACAAGAACCAGUGGAUGGAGGAGUUCAGCCACCCUGUGGAGAGUCUUGCCUUAACGGUGGAUGAGGUCAUCAAUGUGCGCAGAGUGUUGGUCAAAGCAGAGAUGGAGAAGUUUCUUCAGAGCAAAGAACUCUACAAUAACCUAAAGAGGGGAAAGGUUUGCUGCUGCUGCAGGGUGAAAUUCCCUCUCUUGUCAUGGCCAUCUACCUGCUUAUUAUGUAAAAGAUCUGUCUGCGGCUCCUGCAGUGCAAAGAUGAAGAUCCCAUCAAAGAAGAUGGCCCAUAUUCCUGUGUACACUGUCGGCUUCCACAGCACUCCAAAGAGCCAUGGGCACAAAAGCCAAGUCUAUAAGUCUCUGCGCAGUUUAACCCGCCGCUCAGUGGAGGAGGAGUUCCCCCACCUGUACGCACACGGCUGCACGCUGCGCGACAUCUGCGCUGAGUGCACCAAAUUCGUGGCUGAUGUAAUUUCCUCCAGCCGACGGAGCCUGGACAUCCUCAACAACACUCCCAAGAGGGAGGCCAAAGCUGCUGCUGCUGCUGCUGCUGCUCCUGCGGCUCCCCUGAGACCACAGCUGCAGCGACAGUCCAAGCUUGAGACUUGUCCUCCACCUCCCCCUCAGUGUUACCCCCAGCUCACUCCCCAGCACCAUCGUCAACAGCUUCUCUUGUCAUCGUCGUCUCCUUCGCCUCAGCUCCACACCAAGACCACGAACAAUGUGAACCAAUGAACUGUCGGGCCGAUGUUUUAUCCCUUUCUGCUCACACAUGCUCACACAUACAUACACACACACACAUACACACUUAAUGAGUAGUUAUUCUGCACUGUGCACACACACAUUCACAGGAAAGGUAGAAUUCUUCAAAUCCAAUUAAGGUCAUUCUAUAAACGAUUGCUGGGUUGGAGCAUUAAAUUAUCUUAAUGGUUGUGCUUUGAUGUAUAAAGCUUUUAUGAUGAUAUAUAGAAGACCUUUUAGUAAAAAAAAAAAAGAAAGCUAGGGAUUCUGAACCACCACCGCCUCACCCAUCAUCUACUUUCCAACUACAUCACACACGCACACAUAAUGCACAUGCACUGAACCCCCCAGUCUCUUGAAAGUUUUGAGUGCUGUACUUACAGCACCAUGACUUCCCUGCCUGCUGCUCACAGCAGCUCCUACAGCAGUAGGAGGUAGAGGGUGGAUGAGAAAGCAGUGAGUGGGGGACUAAACACUGUGAGAGAGAAGGUGGAGGGAGUGUGAGGUGGCGGUGGUAGUUUGACGAGAAUAAAAGCUGUACAGCAUAGAGUCAACGUGUAACCCCUAGCAUCUUAUCUCCCUCUUGUUGCCUUGUUUUGUUAUGAAUGUAAUUUAGAGACACAGAAACAGAAUUGUAAAGUUAGAAGCUUGUACACAACACAGGAACAUUUAUUUUUAAUUAUCCAAAAAGGGAUUUGUAACAAGUGGCUGCUGCAUAAUGAAGGCUCUUUUGCAUUUUAGACAUGCUUGUAUAGUCCCAGGUACAGCUGGAUGGGGUAUGAAAGCGGCGACACUGUGAAUGUAAAGGGGUGAAGUUGCACCUUAAACUGCUGCAGCAUGAUGAUGCUGGUUUGAAGUGAGCAGAUGAAACUCCCGCCUCUUACUCCCCAUAGACGCUUGCCAUCUGCUCUGGAUUUGUAAACAAAAAGUAAAACCCAACUGCAAUAAAUUGUAACGACAAACACAAA